CUCUCUCUACCCCCUUUUCUUUCUUAAACUGACAUCGGUCGGACUCGGAACAUGACAACAGAGACUCCUCGCUCCGCUCCGCGCCGCGCCGACGCGCUCGUCCUCCUCCACGACCCGGAUCACUCGGAACUCAGAUAAUCACGCGUGAAGAGGGAAUAACCAGACACACACACACACACACACACACACACUCCCUCUAUCUCUCACACACUCUCAGUCAGUCGCACGUCGCUUCUGGUGCCGUCGGCUCCAACCACCGUCGGAGUGAACAUGUACGCGCACGCGUUGAUCCGCGCGAGUCUUGGAUUUGUGGCGCUGUGCCUGGUCGCCUUCGUCCAACAGUCCGCUUCAGGAAGUAAGAGCCCUCAAGAUGUGGACGAGUGUGCCGAGGCGCUGGACAACUGCAGCAUCGACGCCAUCUGCCAGAACACCCUCAAGUCGUACAAAUGCAUCUGCAAGUCGGGCUACAAAGGCGACGGCAAACAUUGUGAAGAUGUGGACGAGUGUGCGACCGAGUACAACGGCGGCUGCGUCCACGAGUGCAUCAACAUCCCGGGGAACUACAGGUGCACGUGCUACGACGGCUUCCGCCUGGCACACGACGGACACAACUGUCUCGAUGUGGACGAGUGCUCGGAGGGCAACGGAGGAUGCCAACAGAUCUGCGUCAACAUGAUGGGCAGCUACGAGUGUCGCUGCCGAGAAGGAUUCCUCCUCAGCGACAACCAGCACACCUGCAUCCAAAGGCCUAAAGUGCAAGCGGACGGCGCGAAGGAGGGACCCACCUGCAUGGACAAGAACCACGGCUGUGCACACAUCUGCAGGGAAACUCAGAAGGGCGGCAUCUCCUGUGAGUGUCGGCCCGGGUUCCAUCUCACCCGCAACAUGAAGGACUGCAAAUUGACCUGUAACUAUGGCAACGGAGGCUGCCAGCACAUCUGCGAGGAGACGGACCACGGCCCCAAGUGUUCGUGCCACAUGAAGUUCGUCCUGCACAGUGACGGAAAGACUUGUGUAGGGGAGAGGAGUGUCCAGUCCCAGGCAGCACCACAGCUGUUCCCCAAUGAGACCUGCGCGGUGAACAACGGCGGCUGCGACAGCACGUGUCACGACUCGGUGACGGGCGUCCGCUGCAGCUGUCCCGUCGGCUUCACGCUGCAGCCGGACCGCAAGACCUGCAAAGACAUCGACGAGUGCCGUCUGAACAACGGCGGCUGCGACCACGUGUGUCGGAACACGGUGGGCAGCUUCGAGUGCAGCUGCAAGAAGGGCUACAAGCUUUUGACCAAUGAGAGGACUUGUCAAGACAUCGACGAGUGCUCGUUCGACCGCGCCUGCGACCACUUCUGCGUCAACUCCGCCGGCAGUUUCCAGUGUCUGUGUCACAAAGGCUACGUCCUCUACGGCCUGGCGCACUGCGGAGAUAUCGAUGAAUGCAGUAUAAACCGAGGAGGGUGUAAAUACGGCUGCGUCAACACGCUGGGGAGCUACGAGUGUACCUGUCCUCCAGGUCACAAGCUGCACUGGAACAGGAAAGACUGUGUCGAGAUCGUGAAAUGUCCCGCUGGGCUGGUGGCGCCCAAAGCCACGCUGACCUGCAGCAAGACGGGCAAGAAGGAGAGCUGCUCCCUCACCUGCGCCUCCAGGGCUCACUAUCUGGCAGAGUCUGACAACAGCUACUCGGUCAGUUGUGGAAUCCCCAUCCUCCGAGGGAAGUCGCCCACCAGGCUGAACUCCAGCAGCAGUCAGAGCUGCAUAGAGACUCUGGCGCCUCCGGUGAAGCAGACGGCCUCGUUCAAGAUCAAGAACGCCAAGUGUCACCUGCACCCGAAGCUGACGGGCAGGACGGAGGACAGGGGCCGGACGCUGGGACCAGGAGGGGGGCAGCCGUGCAGCAACUGCCUGGUGACGUUCGUCAACCUAAAGUGCGACUCGUCCAAGAAAACCAAGGGCCGCCGCGCUCGCAACCCCUCGAACAAGGAGGUGACGCGCAUCACGCUGGAGCUGGAGGCCGAGGUGAAGCCCGGGGACACCACAGGCAGUUGCAACCUCAGCUGCCUGAGGCAGCGCAUGGAGAAGCAGGUGAAGACGUACAUCAAGGCCCUGAAGAAGUCCAUCAACCAGGAGCGCUUCCUCAUCCGAGUCGCCGGGCUGGAGUACGAGGUGGCACAGAAACUUCCCCAGGCCGCUCCCGUCCAGGAGAACUGCGGGCCGGGCUGGGAGCGGGACAGUGGCCGAUGUGUCAGAUGUUUGCCGGGCUCGUAUUACCACGGUGAGCAGGAGCGCUGUGUCCAGUGUCCGCCGGGAACGUUCCAGGAGAAGGAGGGGCAGCUGGCCUGUGACCUCUGCCCCGGCAGCGACGGCCACGGGCCCGUGGGGGCGCGGAACAUCUCCUCCUGUGCAGGCCAGUGUCCGACCGGCUCCUUCUCCAGCGACGGGUUCAAGCCUUGUCAGCCGUGCCCUCAGGGAACCUACCAGCCAGACCUGGGUCGGACCCUGUGCUUCCCCUGCGGAGGGGGACUGAGCACCAAGCGGGAAGGUGCCAGCUCCUUCCACGACUGCGAGGUCAAAGUUCAGUGUUCCCCAGGUCACUACUACAACACGUCGGUGCACCGGUGCAUCCGCUGCCCGGUCGGCACCUAUCAGACGGAGUUCAGACAGAACUACUGCAUCUCCUGCCCGGGGAACACCACCACCGACUUCGACGGCGCCACGAGUGUGUCGCAGUGCAAGAACAGGCAAUGCGGCGGAGAGAUGGGCGAGUUCAUGGGCUACAUCGAGUCGCCCAACUAUCCGGGUAAUUACCCGGCCAACGUGGAGUGCAUCUGGAACAUCAACCCGCCCAGCAAGCGCAAGAUCCUCAUCGUGGUGCCGGAGAUCUUCCUGCCGUCGGAGGACGAGUGUGGCGACGUGCUGGUGAUGAGGAAGAACUGGUCCGCCACGUCCAUCACCACCUACGAGACGUGUCAGACGUACGAGCGGCCCAUCGCCUUCACCGCGCGCUCCCGGCGCCUCUGGAUCAACUUCAAGUCCAACGAGGCCAACAGCGCCCGAGGCUUUCAGAUCCCCUACGUCACGUACGACGAGGACUACGAGCAGCUGGUGGAGGACAUCGUGCGAGAUGGGAGACUCUACGCUUCGGAAAACCACCAAGAAAUCCUCAAGGAUAAAAAACUGAUUAAGACUCUGUUCGACGUGCUCGCUCACCCCAACAACUACUUCAAGUACACCACUCGGGAGUCCAACGAGAUGCUGCCUCGCUCCUUCAUCCGCCUCAUCAGCAGCAAAGUCUCCGCGUUCCUGCGGCCGUACAAGUAAAAAGGUCGCGUCGGACCGUGACCUCCCCCCUCCCCGCCUCCUCCCCCCCGACAUCCCCCUCCGCCUCGCAGGCCGCGUCCCGCAACUCUCACAGGGCUUAUUAAAAAAGAAACAUAAAAACACACCACCACGUUUACCCUCCCUCUCUUAUUUUCCAUAGGCUUUGACAGUAAACACUAUGCAGACCUGAAGAGAAAAGAAAAAAAAAUAGCGAACAUGGUUUGUGUUUGCAGGUUUUGCAGGUCUGCAGUGCCGAGCUCGAACACGCAGUGGGGACGCAGAGCGAGCGAGCGCGGGUUGGGUUUCUCUCGUGUUGUGAAACCACAAAGAAAGAAA